UUAGAAAUUAGGUCAAAGUAACCAACACGGUCUAGCGAUCGGUAGAAGGAACCAUUUAUUUCGUGUACUACUGAACCCACUAAAACGGUGGCUUUUUCAGGUCGCGUACAACCAGUAGAUGAUAGAAGUGCUUACUCAGACUACGGUAAUAAUUUUUUACAUAUCUCGGGUCCGUUUCCAGAGCGAGUAGAGUCCAGAUCAUCCGGCAAUCUUACCCCAGUGGAAGCGGCCACUGACGACACACCCAAGGCAAAACAGACCCACAAGAUGCCCAGGGGAAGUGUAGAUUUCUUUGUUCCAGAGGGUGAGCCCGACGGUGCCUCGAAAAGGAGUGUUCCACAGCACGGCAGGGAUAACAUGGAAAUGUCGACCAACAUUGGGUUGCGGAGAGUAGAAUCCAUGGAAACUCUUAACUUAACGCUCCACCAGUGUGCCAGAGAUGGCAACCCAGACAAGCUGCGUCGUCUCCUGGACUACCUUGGAAAUGUGAAAAAGAAAAUCAAUGCCCAUGAUGAAAACAAACUUAGUCCACUUCAUUAUGCAGCCCGGUAUAAUCAUUUUGAAGCGGUCAGAAUUCUGGUGGAGAGAGGAGCAGAUGUGAACAACAAGGGAGAGGAUGAUCUGACUCCCCUGCAUUUCGCAGCCCGUUUCAAGCGCAUGAAGCGCAUCAAAUCUACUGACAGCCUGGAUGAGGUAGAGGGCAGCAGUGCACCGCUGACUCCUAGUAGUGAGGCCACAGUGGAAACAGCAGUGAGCAAUGAGGAGGAGGGAGCAGAUGGGGAGAAUGUGCCCAAUGGAGCGACACCAUACAUUAGCAUCGUGAAUGUCAGGGCAGAUGAGGAGGAGAUGGAUGAAGCACCUGAGGAGAAGCAAGUGGAACCACCGAAACCUAAGAAAAUUGUGAGAGAAGAGGUAACAUCUGAUGAUGAACUAGAUAAUCAGCCAAGUGUUGUAAAAUACUUAGUAGAACGAGGGGCCAAAGUUAAUGCACAGGAUUACUAUGGUCUGACUCCACUCCAUUUUGCUGCCAUGCGGGGCAAUGACCUGGUCAGCAGAGAACUGCUGAGUGUGCGAGGUAUAGACAUCGAGGCCACAGACAAGCAGCAGAUGACGGCCCUGCACUUAGCAGCCACCCACAGUUGUGUGGAGGUGUCCCAGAUCCUCAUAGAAGCUGGGGCAAACCUGCGUUGUAUUGAUGAUGAGUUGUCCACUCCUCUACACCUGGCUGCAGAGGAAGGCAAUAUCAAGAUUGUCAGGAUGUUGUUUGAGGCAGGACAGAAAAAAGAUGGCUGGGUUACUUUGUCACAGAUGGUAACAGAUCAGAAUGUAGAAAAGAGCACAGCCCUUCAUCUUGCAGUCAACAAUAGUCAUUAUGAAGUGGCUAAAUUAAUUCUAGAAAAAGGUGGAGAUGCUAAUGCCACAGCCAAUAACUUCUCCACUCCUCUCCACCUUGCUUCUGUUGGUGGAGAUGUACGGGUCGUGCAGCUGCUUCUGGAUAGUAAUGCUAGAGUAGACGCUCUUAACCACAACCAGGAGACCCCACUCCACAAAGCUGCAGAGAAUGACCACUCUGAAGUAGUGGAGCUGUUACUGAAAAGUAAUGCAGACAUUGAGAAGCGUGACAAGGAUAACUUCACCCCACUGUUGCUGGCAGCAUGUUGGGGUAACCCUGAGGUGGUCAAGGUUCUACUCAGGUACAACGCUGACCCUAGUGCAGUGGACAAGAAUGACAAAACUGCCAUUUUCUGGGCUGCGGAGGACAAUCAUGUCAGCUGUCUUCAGGUUCUUCUGGGAAAUCCAAAAGUGUCAAAACUGAUUGAUGAAGCUGAUCGAUAUGGCAACACCCCACUGCAUAUUGCUGCACAGUUGGGACAUAUUAACUGUGUUAAGUUGCUAAUGGAGUACAAUGCCAUGAUGGACGACAAAAAUGAAGAUGAACAGACACCACUGCAUUUAGCUGCAAUGCAUGGUCGAACACUAGUUGUAAGAGAGCUGGUGAACAGGCAGAAGACAAUAGUGAAUGAUGAAGAUGAAGAGUCAAACACAGCCCUGCACCUGGCUGCUUUGGCUGGUCACCAGAAAGUGAUGGACGUGCUGCUGGACCUUGGGGCAGACGUGGAGGCUAGGAAUGCUAAAGGUUGGACAGCUCUUGAUUGUGCAGCCUAUAUGGGCAAGGUGAAGGCAGCAAAGACAUUGCUGGAAGCAGACAGUCCUAUUGAUCCACUUGAUAGAAACAAGGUUACUCCCCUUCAUUUGGCUGCUAAGGGUGGCCACACAGAGCUGGUGGAACUUCUUAUCAAGAUGGGUGCAAAUGUUGCACAGAGAGACCACGAUGGCCUCAACUGCCUGGAUAUGGCUAUAGACUGCAACCAUGAGAAUGUUGCCAUGGCAAUUGUUAAGACAGACAAGUGGGAGGAGGCUAUGAAAAACCAGAUUGCCGAUGUGACCAAAGGUUUGGUGAGGGAUACUCCCCUUCGGAAACUCAUCCGCAAAAUGCCAGAUGUUGCAGAGAAAGUAUUUAACAACUGCAUGAAACCCAACAUGACCAACCUUGAACACAAAGACUGUGAAAUAACAUUCAACUACGAGUACCUGGAUGACAUGUAUGCGGACUGGGGUGAAAAGGGGACAAGUGACGCUGGAUCCAGCUCAGGUUCAAUUUAUGAUGAAGACACUCAUAUCAUCAAACCUGACGUUCGUCCCUAUUCCAAGGAUUCAAGGAUUUUGAAGAAAAACCAUCCAUUGCAGAUUAUGGUGUCCUCAAAAAGAGAAGACUUGUUGAGUCACCCACUGGUAUCCAGCCUUCUGAAACACAAGUGGCAUAAAUUUGGAGCUGCCUUCUACUAUAUUAAUCUGAUUUUUUACUGUGUCUUCUUGACCUUCCUGACUGGCUAUAUGCUGGUCCAUGAACCUCCCUAUAUGCUGGUGAACUACACUGCAUGGAAUGGGACUGAUAUCUAUACAGUGUCAUGUCAGGAACUGGCCAGCUUUGGUUUACACCAGCCUGUACAGUAUCCCAUAGCAUUUCUGUUGUUUGGAACCAUAGGGAAGUGGAUAGUUCUGGCCCUGGCUGUACUCACAUUAGUGAGAGAGUUGUUUCAAAUAUGCUACUCAAAGCUGAACUAUCUGAAUGUAGAAAACUUUAUUGAAUGGUUGAUAUAUGUACCUGCAAUCUUACUGGUGAUAGACUGGGAUUCAUGCCAGAUGAGCAACCCUCAAAUCAGACAUCCAUGGCAGUGGAACGUGGGAGCCAUUGCACUAUUCCUGGCCUGGAUUGAGUUGUUGCUGUUCAUAAGAAAGUUACCAAGAUUUGGAAUCUAUGUGGUGAUGUUCACAGACAUCCUCUGGACCUUCUGCCAAUUCUUCCUUGUCUUUGUUUUGUUCAUAGUGGCCUUUGGAUUGACCUUCCAUGUGUUGUUGAAAAACCAGGCACCAUUCAGCUCUCCAGCUAGAUCUUUAUUGAAGACAGCUGUGAUGAUGAUAGGAGAGUUUGAGUUUGAUACUCAGUACACUACAGAGAUCACACCUGAGGGGCAAAACAUGCACAGUGAUCAGGUCUACUAUGAGGGGGUUACAUAUGCCAUCUUUAUUCUCUUCUUGGUUCUUAUGUCCAUCCUCAUCAUGAACUUACUGGUUGGUUUGGCUGUAGAUGAUAUCAAGGCUGUCCAGGACCAGGCUGUACUGAAAAGAUUGGCUAUGCAGAUUGACCUGGCAUUAGAUGUGGAGAAUCAAAUACCUGGCUUUUUACGGAGAAGGAUGGUAAUAAAGCAAGAGGCACUGAAGCCUAACCAGCAGAGCUGGUUUACCAAAGAUAAGUCCUUGACGUCUGCUUCCAUCGCACAGGCAUUGCAGCCAGAGCUGGACCGCAUGGAUUACAUAGAGGAACAGCAGGAGUUGACCAGAACUGACAUCUGGAAGCUGAAGGGUCAAGUGAAGGCCCUCAAGUCUAGUACUGACCGCAUUGAGACCAUGAUGACUGCCUUGAUGAAGCAUAAUGAGAUCAACUGGGAGGAAGAGGAUGAUGUGGAUGACCAGGAUGAACUCAACUUGGCAUCUCUGGGAAUUUAAGUGCUGUUGUUAAGUUUGGCCGACAGUUGACCUGUCUGUAGCUGGUGAAGAGUUUAGUCAUUCACCUUGGGUAAUAUUUACCAGUUAUCAGGAGACAGGAGCUGGUUUUGUCCUGGAGCUGAUUUAAAGCUGUGGCACAUUCACUUUUAAAUGAUAUGGAUAGCACUUUAUAAUCACCCAUGCAUGUAAUUGUGAGUCUGAUUGAAACUGAGGAUGUCAUAUACAUAGUAAAUAAGAUAUUUACUGUUCCAUAGAGCAUUUCAGUGGAUUGGAAAGAAAAUUACUUGUACCAGUAGAUACUCAGGUUAGAUUUGUUAAAAUGAAUUUUUAAGCCUUUACUUCUCAGCUUGCACAAUAUUUGCUAGUGUAUUAGUAUCCAUGUGUAUAUGAAGAAUCAGUUGGAUCUGUAAGUCAUUUCAUUCAUGGUGAAAUACUUAAUGCAAUUAUUUAAAAGAACACUUACCACAGAUUAUAUACAAAGGAAUUUAUAUUUUAAAAAGGUCAUUGUAAUGUACUCAUUGUUUUGUUAUUCACCUUAAUAAUGUAAGGAGUUGUAGUCAUCUGUGAUAGAGAGAAAUCUUUUCAAUUUUAUACAUACAUAUACUACAAUAAUAACAUAUAUCUCUAUAAUAUUUUUAACCUUUAAAUAAAUAUUUCCAGUAAUUGUGGGAACAUAACAGCAUCAGUGUUGUAGCUGUACUGGACCUGUAAUUUUUAGAGUUUCAUAUUGAAGCAUUGUCUCAGUAAGGUUAGAUGGUUUUAUUGCCAUUGUUUCCAUAAUAUUAGUUAUUGCUGAGAGCCUGACAUAAAUGGAAGGAAAGUGGUUAAAGCAGUUAUUUCAAAAAGCAAGACAGAAUUUCUUUACCCAUCAAAGUGAUCUAUUGGUCUAUGUACAUUUACAAAACUUAUAUUAUAAUAUUAUAUUUACAUCCAUUUUGUAGAAGUUUAAACAUUCCUUGUGUCCUUUCUUAACAUUUUUUCAUAAUCCUAUCUUGUUAGUCUAGUCUGUAUAUAUUCAAGUCCCAUGGUUGAAUAAAAUUUAAUUGUUACAACUAUAAUAAGAUAACUGUAAUGUGUUUAACUUUAUUUAUAUUAAAUGACCUGAAUUCAUGGUAAAUAAUGAAAGCCGUAACUUGUACUUUGUUUUUGGUAAACCUUUUCAGAUUGAAGCAUUAUAGUAACUCCUUUAACAAGAACCAUUUUGUUUGUUUUUUUUCUGGACUGCAUAUCAUAAAAUCUUCAAAGUUAUUACCUUUUUGAAAGAGGUCAACAACAUUUUAAAAUAUUAUGA